AUGUACAUAAUUAUUAUUAUCAAAAACAACCACUUGAAGUCGGAUUAUUAUCUCUCAAAAAAGAAGAUAAGAUAUUUGAACUUAGUCACAUUACAGAGGUUACCAGUACAGUGUUGUAAAUACCGUACAGAGAUGAUCACAACUGUGUCUGUCGUAAUAACAACAAUACUAACAAUACUCUUCUUGGUAAAUUUUCGCAACACGAAGCGCCUUCCAGGACCAUGGACUUUACCAAUUAUAGGUUACUUACCCAAAUUAGACCCAUUGGCACCUUACUUGAUUUUAAUAAAGCUUGUCCAAAAAUAUGGACCUGUUUAUCGCAUCAAACUCGGCUCGAUUAACGUUGCAGUCAUAGCUGAUGCCAAAAUAUUGAAGAAGGUGUUAGCAAAAGACGAAACGCUUGCAAGGCCGCCUCUUUAUAUGAUAAACACUGCAUUCAAACACAAAGGAUUGGCUUUCGCACCUAUGGAUCUAUGGAAAGAGCAACGUAAGUUUUUAGCAACUUUUUUAAGAACAGUCGGAGCUGUUAAAGUUUCACCAAAGAAGAAGGCAUGUGAGGCGUUAAUAAGAAAACAUGUCGAAGAAUUUGUACAAGCUGUGAAAAGUAGUACCCCAAUAGAUCCUUUAGAAUUGCUUCUAAAUUACGUAAGCGAUAUCGCUGGAAUGUUGCUUCUGGGCAAACCAUUUUCAUUGGAUAACAAAAUGAUUGCUGAUUUGCAGCAAAACUUUAACGUCAUAGCUAAAUCGAUAGCAUUUGGAGGACCAUUAAACUUUUUGCCUAUUUUACGUUUCUUACCACAGUUCAAAAACACAAUAUCAGCACUCAACGAAGCCGUUACAAGAGUUACUGAAAUUCAAAAUCAGCUGAUAGACGAAUGUAGCAUAGCAAUGGGUACCACAAAUUCUGCCUCCAAUCUCAUUGAAGCCUUUCUCUUGCGAGUGUCCAAAGGAAGUCCUAAGCACAUUUACAAUAUCGAGCAGCUAAAUUUUCUUUUAUUAGACGUUUUUAUUGGUUCUACUAGUAGUACCACAACUUCUUUGUUUUGGAUGUUAUUAUAUCUAGCCCAGUACGACCAAGUGCAAAAUAAAGUACGACAGGAACUCUUUGAAGUACUACAAAAUGAUCCAGCGGAAAUGAAACACUUCGAAAGCUUACAUUACACAAAAGCAACUAUUGCCGAAGUGACCCGAAUUAGAACCAUAGCUCCCUUAGGAAUACCGCACUACGCUUCUGAAGAUAUCUGCGUUGAAGGGUUUACAAUCCGUAAAGGUACAAUGAUAACGCCACUAUUAUGGGCCAUCCAUAUGGAUCCAAAUAUUUACGAACGACCGGAAGAAUUUCGUCCUGAAAGAUUUUUAGAUGCCGAUGGAAAAUUCUGUAAAUCGGAAUCGCUUCUCCCUUUUUUAUCCGGCAAAAGGUUCUGCGUUGGGGAAGAGCUGGCAAUGAUGAUAAUGUCACUGUUUAUUUCUACUGUUUUACGGAAUUUUAGAAUCCAACGUCUUGAUUCCUUUGAAAUAGAUUUUACUGGUGAUUACGGUGUUACGUUAAAACCAAAACCCCAAAAAAUAAUGUUUGUCAAAAUAUGAGU